CCCACCAGGGUCACCAGGAAGUGGCCUAGGCUGGCUAAACGCGGGAGCCUUCCCGGUCACACCACUGACGUCCGGCGUCAAGACGAUACAGAUCGAUGAUCAGCAGGCCCAGGGCUAUGCGGCGGGGACGUACACAUGUACCGCAUUCAGCACUAUUAUGUGUAACGUGCCAGGUGAUCUCAGCAGAACGCAGCUGUGUUUCCCAUCACCAGUCACACGGACGGUGACCGUCCUGGCAUACGUUCCUCCGAUCCCAGAUGCGGUGUACACGUUGAACAGUACAAAACUACUGGGCGAAAACAUCACAUUCUAUGUUACCCUCAAGCACAUAGCCAAUCCACAGCCGCAUUUCGCGUGGACACAUAAUGGAUCGCCAAUCGAUAGAUCAACUGUUGGUCUACAACAGGACAAGACUAAUUUCUCGCUGACUAUUACUGACCUGAGGAUACAAGACAGCGGCGUGUACGUGAUCUCUCUGAAAAAUACUCCAGGAUCAGUGAAUGUCACAUUUUCCCUGGAUGUUCAUGCUCUACCAGUAUUUGAGACACCAGUCAGUUAUGUGGAUGAAGGUAAUGAUGUCACCGUGCACUGCAUAGUUAGUAGUAUUCCAGCGGUGGAUGAUCUCUACUGGAUUGAACGGGAUACAGGACGACACCUAGCCCCCUUGCAUGCUGCCGAUGCAGCGAGCCUCAUAUCAGCAGGGACUGGUCCCGUCACCACUUUCGCUGGAGGCCUUAUGCGGCGUUCAGCUUCGCUGACAUUGCACAAUGUGAGCAUCAGUGAACGUGACAGAUAUCUCUGCAUGGCUAGCUAUCGUACGCCAGCACGACAGCUGAGUGCUCCACUCUUGUUCAACACAAUCCAGCCAAUUGUAGUCAAUGUGCCUCCGGUGUUGCACCUCUCGCCGGCUAAGUUGACAGUCCGCUACGGCUCGAACAUCACCCUUGCUUGCUCAGUCAGCAGUUUCCCAGCUCUCAUCUCCCUCACCUGGAGCCACCGGCACCACAGCAGGCACCAAGGUCACGACAUGCAGCCGACAUCAACGCGGCAGUCACCGCCAACGGCCUCAUCUACGCUGUACAACCAGACAAUCACUCUCACGCUGACCAGCACUGCCGAAAUCGACGGUGGACAGUACCAGUGCACCGCAGUAUACGCCCGUGAGCCACAUCGUAACGAAAGCAGUUUUGUAUUGGUAGACAACGCUUACGUUGAAUUCGGCACGGACACAGCCCGUGACAACGGCCCCGCAAGCAGCGACAGCGCUCCCUGGAUCGCUAUGGGUGUGGUCGCCGGUUGUGUCAUGCUCGCCAUAGCAAUCUACGCGCAUAUAAAUUCGUCGCCAUGGAAACGGCGCAAUUCGAUCUCCACCGACCUUACAGAUGACCCUGUGUCAUUCCCGAACGGUAAUCGCAACAGCACGGCGAAGAUGCUCUCAACCUCUGGCAGUUCCACUAGCCUGUUUCAGAACUUCACCCUGGCAACGAAGAAACCUCAGGAAGAAACGUCUCCAGACACCGAGAAGGUCAAGUACAAAAACAGACAGUCCAGCACGGAGUUGGUCGAUUCAGAGAUGAUCUGCAACGCGAUGCUCUAUCAAAAAGCGGACUGCCAGGCAGAGAACACCCUGGCAAGGCGCAGCUCAGCGGAAGCCGCGCUGACUCGGUACAGUAGCAGUCAUCGAAUAAGCAACAAUAAUGGCAAGCUGCCACCGGGAAAGGGUAAAUCCCCCGUCAUCAGAUCAAACUCACUGCAGAACAUAAACAAGAUUGAUUGUUCACUUGUCUAUGAUGUGAUGUGUAGUGUGAAUCAUCCAACAGUAACUGUUGAUUCAGGUCCGAUAACUCAUAGAGACAGCAACAGCAAGAUAGGGUUUGUGACGGAGCAGCCGGAGUACAACCGUAUGUCGCUUAAACGAUUCAGCACAGAGAUGGGUGUUCCGUCAUUGUCACGACAGCUCAGUCCGCAGCAGGGUGGAG